AUGGUUUUACUUGAUAAUGAUGCUUUUAUUGUUAGAUUAUCUGAUUUAAUGAUGAAAACGAGACUUGGUGGAAGUAGUGUCGUAAAUUUAACUUUAAAACAAUAUGAUGACAGAAAAAAACCAAUAUCACGUGAUCCAACCAAAGCUUUACAGGAAAAUAAAAAAAAACUAUGCCUUUUUCGUGCGACAAUUGGAAGUAAAAAGAUAAGUACAGUUGUUGAAGCUGAUAAUGUUGAAAGAUUUCACAACACUUAUGUUAAUGUAGUACGUGGUAAUGCAACUUCCUUACAAAAAGAUUUUACGGAAAAAAGGAAUUUAGCACAGAAGAAGACGAAACGUGCGGUAUAA